AUGUUCUUCUCAUCGCCCACCUCCACCAUCACGCCAGCCAUGACAUCGGUGGCCAUGUCGCGUUCUGACUCGCGCGACUCCACCACUUCCAAUUCAUGCUACAACUAUACCUCGUACGCUCCCACCUCUGCAUACUCUGCACUUUUGAGUGCGUCGCCGACAUCGUCGUGGCCAUCGUCUCAAGGCCUCGUCCGAUCAGACAGCAAUGCCUCCUCUACAGUCACCUCGCAUCCUUCGUCGGUGGCGAUGCGACGCGACAGCAGCAACUCUUCAUGGCUGCCUAGCCCCUACAGGUCGUGCAUGUCAUCAUUUGGUGCCGAGCCAAGUUCCUACCUCUCAGACGACGACCUUCUCUGCACCCCCGAGUCAUUACCAAUCGAGACCAUCCCGGCGGUGACUCCUCCCAAGAAGGAACUCACCACCGAAGAGCAGAUUGCCUUCCUCCGGGAUCUGCAAGAGAAGGAGGCCGCCUCUCAGCAACAAGCCGGGUCAAGACGCAAGACAGUCCGCUUCGCUGGCCCCAGUGAAGAAAAGUCACGUCGGCCCAGCACACUGAAGCGACGGCAGACAAAUGUUCGCCGUGGAUUGAGCAGCCUUAACGGACCUCAGUGA